CCAAGCGUAAAGCCUAGACACUGGAGAGAUCCCGAAGUUCACAUUUCGGAAACGUACAGACAGCCAUGGCUACUUUGGGGCGAUUGAGUAGAACAGCUCGGGCAUGGAGAGAAAUCGCUUCUCCCAAAACCCUAAGUCGCUCAUAUGCUCGCUCACUCGAAUCCUUUGGCCGUCUCCAUCACCGGUCUUCUAGUCACCACAUUCAUUCCACUGCAUCAGAAAUUCAGCGUCCCAUAUUACUGCCUAAUGCUGAUGAACCUUACUCUACACUUCCAGCUAUUUUAGCUGGUUUCUUUGGAAUCGGAAUGCUACAAGUAGCUUAUGCGGAUUCUGAUCAGGCUGCUUCUAAGCCUACAUUGUCCCCAGACUCUCCUUCAAGUUAUCAGGACCUAGAGGAGAUUGCCAAGAAAGAAAGACAACGAAUUGAAGAAUUGCUUAGAAGUAAAGGGAUGAAAUAUGGUUCUUAUCCCCGGUUCACUGUUGCUCUUAAGGGUCAAAAGGUCACAAUCAAGUUUCAAAUUCCUCCUGCAUGUGAUGUUCCGCAGUUGAUUGCAAACCUUGCUAUGAAUCUUGGACUGAAGGUUGAUGAGCGUGGCGGUGGUUCAGACAUGCGUUUACGUGCUUGGGACAGUGCAGUUGCCUGGCAAUUAACACUUAGUUGUCCAGAAAAACAGAAGGAAUCUCAUGGGGAUAACAGCAGUUUUGCAGAACCUGAGGGAGAUCUGUGUAUUCUCUUAUUUCGUUCGCUCAUUAGCAGAGAUAAAGCAGAAAUUGAGUUUAUAAAGAGUGGCAGAUUGAGCGAAACAGAGCUUGAUGCUCUUGUGUCUGUAUUACAAUUAGCUGGUGGGAGGGUAAUGACCUCAGAAAUAAAGCCUGGGGAAGGUGCUGCUCGGAUGCCAUCCACAGAAAAAUCAGUUGCUGCUCUGGAGUCCAUGGGAGUGAGAGUAUAUGGACUUGAUGCACCACAUGUAAAUUCUUCAAACAGUGAGGUAGUAUGGGAGAACAUUGCUGGAUAUGAUCACCAAAAACGAGAAAUAGAAGAUACAAUCUUGUUGGCUCUUCAUAGCCCUGAAGUAUAUGAUGAUAUUGCUCGAGGAACUAGAUGUAAGUUUGAGUCAAAUAGACCUCGAGCUGUGCUUUUUGAAGGUCCACCAGGCACAGGGAAGACAUCUUGUGCACGUGUUAUUGCGAAUCGAGCGGGUGUUCCCUUGCUAUAUGUGCCUCUGGAGGUUGUCAUGUCAAAGUACUAUGGGGAAAGCGAACGAUUGUUGGGAAAAGUCUUUUCUCUCGCUAAUGAGCUUCCUAAUGGCGGUAUCAUAUUUCUAGAUGAGGUUGAUUCUUUUGCUGUUGCUCGUGAUAGUAAAAUGCAUGAAGCUACACGUAGAAUUUUAUCAGUUUUAUUGAGACAGAUUGAUGGAUUUGAACAGGACAAGAAGGUAGUUGUCAUUGCUGCAACAAAUAGAAAACAAGACCUUGAUCCUGCUUUAAUCAGCCGAUUUGAUUCAAUGAUUACUUUUGGCCUACCCGAUGAGCAGAACCGCCAGCAAAUUAUUGCCCAAUAUGCAAAGCACCUAACAAAAUCUGAUAUGGAGGAGCUUUCAAAAGUUACAGAAGACAUGUCUGGAAGGGAUAUAAAGGACGUAUGUCAACAAGCUGAACGGUCAUGGGCAUCAAAGAUCAUUAGAGGACAAGCGGAUAAAGAUGGAGAGCAAGGGUUCCUUCCACCAUUGGGAGAAUACAUUGAAAGUGCAAUGAACCGGAGAAAGGCACUACUUAGCAUCGGAGACCAAAGAAGUCGAGGUUUUAAUCCGCGCACAAGCAGAGGUCAAUUAGAUUUAUGUUAAAGAGUAAGUGAAGGAUACUAUGAAUACUUAAUACAUAGAAUUAGAAGGUGUCUUGCUUACAAUUGAUCAAGAGUACAGCCUAAUAUUGUACAUACAUCUGAAUUACCAUCUCAUUUUUUACACUUGAUUGUUCUUUUUUUUUCUUUUUUUGAUCUUCAGUAGUAGUAUUUUCUGGAAA